AUGAUUGCCCGAAGCCGCUCUAUGGGUCCACUUCCUUAUCUGCUCGUCUCUACGUCUGUUAAAUCACGGGCAAACUGCGUUAUAACUAUUUUCUUUUUCUUUCUUCUUUCUUUCGUUCUUUCGUUCUUUCUUUUGAAACUUCUUUUUUUUCCAUGCCUCUUUCUUUCUUGUUUUGAGUCCUUUGUAACUUCUUUCUUUCUUUCUGUCUUUCUUUUUGCUCUGCUUCUUUCUUUUGUAACUUUCUGCCUUGUUUUGCUUCUUUCUUUCUUUCUUUCUUUCUUUCUUUCUUUUUUCUUUCUUGUUUUGUUUCUUUCUUUUGUAAUUUCUUUCUUUCUUUCUUUUUUCUUUCUUGUUUUGUUUCUUUCUUUUGUAAUUUCUUUCUUUCUUUCUUUUUUUCAAACGAAGUUGUUUCCUUAUUUUUCAUUGACCUUCUUUUAUCCUUUCUCCCCACUCAUCUCCAUUUUUUUUUUGACCUGCCACCCGGUCUAUUCUUUCAAUUCACUGACCCAAUCUUGGCUUUACUCUUUCACAUCAAUUGGCUCAAAUUACUAUUUGUUAUUUCUUCCGCCCCCAAGCGUCUGUUUUUUUUUUUGUCUUCUGUCAUUCAAACAGAUUCUUUCCGCUUGCUUCCCUACUUAA